AUGCUUAGAACCGCUUUUCUAAUUCUACUUUUCCAUUUUGGCUUGAAUUGUUUCGAGCUAAAAGGAGUUGUAAAAAAUUAUGAACAUGUACAUAAUAUUCCUUUUCCCACUAUAAGAAAAACAUGCAUGUACAUCAAUAGUCUUGUAUAUUUACGAAGAAAGAGAACAAAGAAGAAUGAAAAUAAAAUAUAUUUAAAACGAAAGUCAUUUCUUGUCACACUUAAGGAAGAUUUACAUAGUACUUUAAAUAACAAAAUAAAAAAAUUUAGUCGGCAAAUUUUACAAAAUGAAAAUUUUAACCUUCCCAAUCAUUGCUUAAUUGAAGAGAACAAAGUUUAUGACAACUAUGAAUAUCAGACAAGUGUCCUUAUAUUUUUGGAAAAUAUUUUAAAAAAUGAAAAGAAUGUACGAAAUGAGGCUCUGAGGAUUUUAAAGCAAAUUUGUUCAGAUAUAAUUGAGUCUUUGCACGUAUCACCUAAUGGAAUAUUGAACAUACGUAUAUGCAAUUCAUUCAUUCAGCGAGAGUUUCUGCGCUUCUACAAGUUGGAUACAUUUGGAUGUAGUGAAUUCGAAACAGGGGAAUAUCAAGAACGAAUACCUCAAAUGGAGAGAUAUCAAAAUGAUUCUUCAGCAGAAGAAGAAACAAGAAAGUUAAACCAAAAGAACGUUGUCGUCCUUGACUAUUGUGGUGUAAAUAUGGCAAAGCAGAUGCACAUGGGACAUUUAAAAUCUCUAUUUUUAGGGAAUUCAUUGAGUAAUAUUUUUCGAUUCUUAAAUUACACUGUAAAAUGCAGAAAUCAUAUAGGAGAUUGGAAUAUGAACAUAGGAAUGGUCAUUUGCUUUUUAAUUCUCUUUCCUUAUGAUGUUAUAAAUCAGGAAAAAUUAAAUGAGCACAAAGAACACAGCAUGGUUAAUAAUGUUAAAUGUGACAAGUUGGAAGAAAGAAAUGAAUCCAUUUCUCCUCCCAAUGACACUAAUGAUCAUAGGAAUAGACAAAUAAAUCUAACCCAUCACAAAGGGGGUGGAAAUAAUACUGACACAUUUGCAAAUGAGGAUGAGGAUAUGCAAAUGUCUCUUUUAGUUGAAAAUUAUCUGAACAUGCUAAAUAAGAUAAAUCACGAGAUUUUUCAUAUAAAAUAUCAACAAUUGGAUACCACAAAAUGGAAGGAUAUAAGUUUACAUAAUAUUGAGCAUGUAUACAAAAUAGCUAAGAAACUUUAUGCCAACUCUGAAAUAUUUAAAAAAAUGAGCAAAUAUACACUAAAUUUGAUGUAUAAAAAAGAUCAGAAAAUCAUUUCUAUGUGGGAUAUCAUUUGUACCAAUACCAAGAGGGAUAACAAGGAAAUUUUCGAAAAGUUCAGGAUCCGAAAGUUGAUAGACAAAGGGGAAAGCUUUUACAUUAAAUAUGUUCCAACAAUUUUGGAGAAAAUGAAUAAUGCCAAUAUUAUUUUUCAUCUAGAGGGUAAAACUUGCCUUCUGCUUAGAAGGAAAAAGGGGAAUGAUAGGAAUAUCCCCCUUAUGAAUGAAGGAACACAAAGCCAAAGGAAAGAAACAUACAUACUCAGUAGCAAUGAGGAAUACUACGAUGUGAUCCAAGUAACAGAUGAAAAUUAUGAAUAUAUAAAAAAGAAAGACAUUAAUUUUUUGAAAAAGAAUUUCACCAUAGUUACUCUUAAGAAUGAUAUAUCUUUUACCUACGCAGCUAUUGAUAUAGCUGCUAUACAAUAUCGAGUGGAAUGUGAAAAAGCAAACAAAAUUUUAUAUAUUACUGAUGAAAAUCAAAGAAAACAUUUUAUGCAAAUUUUUUCCAUUGCGAAAUUUUUAAAUAUACUACCUAAGCACGUUGAAUGUGUAUGUCUGAACUAUGGGUUUGUCUUAAAUUCAGAGAAUAAAAAAAUGAAAACGAAAGAUUUUUCAAAAGAAAAUAUUUCCAUUAAAAGUAUAUUACAAAAUUUAAACAUGGUUAGCCAAAAUGGACAUAAAAAAAGUGAAUAUGGAAAUAUGAAAAUAAUGUACUUGACGAAAUAUAGAGAAAAGUUAUUUCUAUCAUCAAUUAUUUAUUCUUACAUGGCUGUUAAAAGCUAUAAAAGACAAUUAAUAAGUAACAUUAUGAAAGGUUUGCAUUCUGAAUAUGUUUAUAUAAUCCUUUGCUAUAAUAAAAUAUCAUCCAUCUUGGGACACGGAAAAAAUUGUGAUUAUUCUGCUUUUCUAGGACAUAAAGAAAGCAUACAUAUUGAUAAUAAUAUAAAAAAAAUGAUGUUAUAUAUUAUCAGAUUUAAAAAUGUAACAGAAGAAGUGAUUCACAGCUACAGCAUUGAAAAAUUAUGUUCCUUUUUAUUCUCUUUGUCUCAAAAAGUGCAUUGCAUAUUUAAGAACAGUUUUAUAAAGAAAUUUAUUAUUCAUUUGAAAAAUAUGAACGUUCAGAAAUUUUUAAAAAUAUUAAAUCGUUCAAAAAAAGAAGGGAAAUUUGAAGGAAUAGAAAGAGUCAAAUCUUAUGGGGAAAAACAUAAUAUUGUAGAUGACAAAGAAUUAGAAAACAUCGAGGAUAAAAUAAUAAAGUCUGACCUUUUUCUUUUCAUUAAAAAUAGUGGUCUACUUGAUAUUUGCAUGAAUAAAAGUGUACAUGAACAGUCAGCUAAAAUAAAAACAUUUAUUUUUAACAGAAUUUUUGAAGUACUCAUUAUGCAGUCCUAUUUAUACAUUGUAUCCAAAACUUUUCAUAUGUUAAACCUGCACCUUGUGAAUUUACAUGAACCACUACUAAGAAAGAGAGAAAAAGGAAUAAGUGGGAUAGCAUUAUUCCCCUCUACGAACAUAUAG